AUGGUCAAAGCCGUCGCCGUCCUCCGUGGUGACUCCAACGUCAAGGGCACCGUCACCUUCGAGCAGGAGAACGAGAGCUCCCCCACCUCCAUCUCGUGGGACAUCACCGGCCACGACGCCAACGCUGAGCGCGGCAUGCACGUCCACGCCUUUGGCGACAACACCAACGGCUGCACGUCUGCCGGACCCCACUUCAACCCCUACGGCAAGGAGCACGGCGCCCCCUCAGACGAGAACCGCCACGUCGGCGACCUAGGCAACUUCAAGACGGACGGCCAGGGCAACGCAAAGGGCUCUGUGACGGACAAGCUGAUCAAGCUCAUCGGGCAGGACAGCGUUAUUGGCCGCACCAUCGUCGUCCACGGCGGCACUGACGACCUCGGCAAGAGUGACCACCCCGAGUCCAAGAAGACCGGUAACGCUGGCACACGUCCUGCCUGCGGAGUCAUCGGCAUCUCGUCCUAG